AUGGCCACCACCGAAGAGGUCGUCCAGCGGCUCAAGGAGUCGAGGCCGCCCGCCACCGACCGCUUCACCUACCUGACCAUCAUCGACAAGUCCCUGUCCCCGGAGGUCCUGCCGGCCCUCCAGGAGAUCUUGGAAGAUGUCGAGCUGACGAGCGACAUUGGAUGGGACCUCGUCGAGAUGCUCAUUGACGUGCCCGGCAGUGAGCCCUGCCUCGAGAGCAUCGCCCGCCUCGGCAAUCCGCGCGAGGUGAUCCUCAAGGUGCUGCAGGUCAUGGACAUCACCACGGGCAAGGGCGAGAACGGCGCCGAGGGUAACAAGGCCUUUGUCACACUCUGCGGGAUGCUCGGCAUACUGCACAAGCGACUGCAGGUCAAGGCGCCCUCGCGCUUCCUUCACACGACUCUCGAUACGGUUCACAGAUCCUACGACCCAACCAGCGCCGAGGCGACGGCCGCCGUCAUCGCUCUCGUCCGGUCCAUGUCGGGGCAGAAGCGCCCGCCGCUGCCCACGCGCCAGUCGAGCACCACCCUCGACAACCCCUUCCAGGAGAGCGACCCCGCAAAGAGCGCGCCCGACCCAGAGGCGGACAAGACGGAUCAGCUCAACGCAAACGAGCCCGAAGUCAUGGAGCUGCUGCUGCAGUCCUUCAUCACCAACAUCAUCGAAGCCUACGUCAACACCAACAGCCUCGAGUGGGCAUCCAGACUGUUCGAGUACACGUACCCAGAAAGAAUAGUGCCUGGAAAGAAGACCAUGACGCAAGCCUUCAACGAGGUGGAGGAGCUCCAAGCACGAGACGCGCUGGUUGGACAGCUCGUGGCCGUCGCAGGCGACAUUGGCCUGUCCAACGUCCCCCUCUCGAAGCUGAAGUCGUCUCUCGAGGACAUUUGCACGGACCCCCUGGCCUUGGACUUUGACCCUGCGAGACCAGACGAGAUUUUGAUGUCCACGGGCGGGCUGAUAUGUCUCGUGGCUUACAAAAUAUUCGCCGCCGAUGUUUUCGACGCGAACCAGCCGCUGCCCGACAUGCACAUGUUCCCUGACCAUCAUCAGAUGCUGAAGCUCUUCCUGGGAGAGAGCGAAGAUCCGCAGGCGCAGGUAGCCAGCAACCCCGGCACGGUAGAGUCGCUUCUGGUCAUGGCCAUAUGGCUGGACGGCUCCCGGCGCAUCGCAGCGGCCGAAGGCGCCGAGGCCAACUUUAUGGCAUACCAUCACUUGCUGACGCUCAUCUCCGUCUUCCACCCCAACGUGCGGGUUCGCAACGCAGCGACGGUCGUUUCUGGCGCGGUACUGCAUGCCGAUCCGGACGAGGAGGACAGACUCGCCAUCCUGGAGGACCUGCUCGAGAACUGCAUGUUCUCGUCGCUCCAGGCUUGCGCAGUGACGUGGCUGAAGGAAGAAAUCAUUGCCGCCAAGAAGGCGGGUUCAAAGAACCGGUUCAGUAGCGCAGAUUGUUUGGACUCGCUGCAGUACACGCUGUUCCCUAGCCUGACUCAUCUGAAGGAAGCGGACACGGACACGCUGCUCGAAUUUUGGACGCAGAGCGCGCCGCUGCUCCUGCAGGUUGCCAACUUUGCGCUGUUCUUAUACGGCGGCAGCGAGUACAAAGACCUGGCGCCUGCCGGAAUGGCGGCGGCGAUUGAGCACAGAUACGUCGAGCCGCUACUUCACGUGGCCAAGACGCUCACAGCAGAGGUGGACAAGAAGGGCGUCGAGGCGCAGGACGCGGAGCCUGAGACUCUGCUGCAACUGGGCAUCUUGGCGGAUACGCUCGGCCGAGUGCCGUUGCAGUGA